AAGUGGUUGUCUUGGUUACGGGCCCUAACGGUUCCCAGUCUGGGAUUCCUUGUUGAGGGGCUGCAACCUGAGCUUCUGUUCGGAGACGCUUGCAGGUCCUUGAGGUGGAGGUGGUGGGUGGCUGCUCCAGCCUUCGACGUGGAGUAAUUUGAGGCUUUCGAGAGAACUGAAAUAGAACUAGAGAGGAAAACUGACCCAUCAAUAAAGAUGUCUCGAAAAAUUGCCAAGGCAUCAAAAAAAGUGAACAUUUCUAGCUCUCUGGAGUCUGAAGAUAUUAGUCUAGAAACAACAGUUCCCACGGAUGAUAUUUCAUCAUCAGAAGAGCGAGAUGGUAAAAUUAAAAUCACCCAGCAACUAAUUGAACGUAAAGAACUACUUCAUAACAUUCAGUUACUGAAAAUAGAGCUAUCCCAGAAAAAUAUGAUGAUAGACAACUUGAAAGUGGAUUAUCUUACAAAGAUUGAAGAAUUAGAGGAGAAACUCAACGAUGCACUUCACCAGAAGCAGCUACUGACAUUGAGAUUAGACAAUCAAUUGACUUUUCAACAGAAGGAUGCCAGAAAAUAUCAAGAACUAAUGAAACAAGAAAUGGAAACGAUUUUAUUGAGACAGAAACAACUAGAAGAGACAAAUACUCAGCUAAGGGAGAAGGCAGGAGAUAUUCGUCGAAACCUGCGUGACUUUGAGUUGACAGAAGAGCAAUACAUGAAACUAAAAGGUUUUCCUGAAGAUCAGCUUUCUAUUCCUGAAUAUGUAUCUAUUCGGUUCUAUGAACUAGCAAAUCCAUUAAGAAAGGAAAUCUCUGAACUACGAGUGAAAAAGAAUGACCUAUCAGAAGAAUUGAGUGAAAACAAAGCCCAACUGAAACAACUGACAGAGUCUUAUGAUGAAGAUAGAAGAAAUUACUCUGAACUUCAAAUUAGAUGUCAACGUUUGGCCUUAGAAUUAGCUGACACAAAACAGUUAAUUCAGCAAGGUGACUACCGUCAAGUAAACUAUGAUAAAGUCAAAAAUGAGCGCGAUGCACUUGAACAGGAAAUAAUUGAGUUAAGGAGAAAAUAUGAAAUUCUUGAAGCCUCUCACAUAACUCAAGCUAAAGAAAGAAGUGAAUUAUCAAAAGAGGUAACCACCUUACAACAGACUGUUACUUUACUGCAAAAGGAUAAAGACUACCUCAAUCGCCAAAACAUGGAGCUUAGUGUUCGCUGUGCCCACGAAGAGGACCGCCUUGAAAGACUUCAGGUUCAACUUGAAGAAACCAAAAAGACUAGAGAAGAGAUGUAUGAAAAAUAUGUAACAUCCAGAGACCAUUAUAAAACCGAAUAUGAAAAUAAACUACAUGAUGAACUGGAACAAAUCAGAUUAAAAACUAAUCAAGAAAUUGAUCAACUUCGAAGUGCCUCUCGGGAAAUGUAUGAACGAGAAAACAGAAAUCUCCGAGAAGCAAGGGAUAAUGCUGUGGCUGAAAAGGACCGAGCAGUGAUGGCUGAAAAGAAUGCUUUAGAAAAACAUGAUCAGCUCUUAGACAGGUACAGAGAACUACAACUUAGUACAGAAAGCAAAGUAACAGAAUAUCUCCAUCAAAGUAAGUUAAAAUCUUUUGAAAGUGAGCGUGUUCAACUUAUACAAGAGGAAACUGCAAGAAAUCUCACACAAUGCCAAUUGGAAUGUGAAAAAUAUCAGAAAAAAUUAGAGGUUUUAACUAAAGAAUUUUAUAGUCUCCAAGCUUCUUCUGAAAAACGCAUUACUGAACUUGAAGCACGGAACUCUGAUCAUCAGGCAAGGCUCGACAUUUAUGAGAGAUUGGAAAAAGAGCUUGAUGAAAUAAUAAUGCAAACUGCAGAAAUUGAAAAUGAAGAUGAAGCUGAAAGGGUUCUUUUUUCCUAUGGCUAUGGUGCUAAUGUUCCCACAACAGCCAAAAGACGACUAAAGCAAAGUGUCCACUUGGCAAGAAGAGUGCUUCAGUUAGAAAAACAAAACUCAUUGGUUUUAAAAGACCUGGAACAUCAAAAGGACCAAGUAACACAGCUUUCACAAGAGCUUGGCAGGGCCAAUUCUCUGUUAAACCAGACUGAGCAACCUUACAGAUAUCUCAUUGAAUCAGUGCGUCAGAGAGAUUCUAAGAUCGAUUCGCUGAAAGAGCAUAUUACACAACUUGAGAAAGAUGUCAGCAAUUUGAAUAAAGAAAAGUCAGCGUUACUACAGAUGAAGAAUCAAAUGGCAUUAGAUUUAGAACAACUUCUAAAUCAUCGUGAGGAAUUGGCAGCAAUGAAACAGAUCGUCACUAAUAUGCGAAGUAAACGUUCUGAGGACCAGUUACUUCUUACUAAAACAGAAGCAAAAAAUAUGACAGAAGGUCAUAAAUCAAAGACUUUAAAUGUGCCCAGAGAACAUGAAGACAAUAUAUUUAUACCCAAACCAACACUCUUUACCAAAAAAGAAGCACCUGAGUGGUCUAAGAAACUAAAGAUGAAGACCUAGUGUUUUGGAUGGAUUUGGUAUAUCAUUAUUUACUCCUGAAGUUCUUUCUCUGCUGAACAAAAAGUUUAUCUUAAUCAUGUACUUGGCAUUUUUUUUAAAUAACUAAAGCUUAUUUUAACUGAAUCUUAAAUUAACAGAUUCCAGCCUAAGAAUCAAAAUGUAUAAAGUACAAACAAUAGUCUGCUUGGUAUUUGGUUUUAUCUAUUGUGUUACAAAAUAAAUAUCAUAUACUCUUAUGAUUUACAUUUUGGAGCUUUCAUAAUUCUCAAUGGAUUUUUAAAGUACAUGGCUUAUAAAUAUUUGGCUAAAUAUUGUUAUAUUGGUGAGUAUAUUUUCUAACUAUGUAAAUAUUAGGUUUAAAUGUCAUAAAACAAAUACCAAGACACCUCACAUUUUUAAAAAUUAAGAAUCAUUUGUGAAAUCUACUAGCAGACACUCCAAAUCCCCAAUGAUAGCGGUCGGAUAUCAUUGUAGGUGAAUAUGAAUUGCUGAUUAUUUCUUUGGGCUCUGUUUUUCCUGAUAUUUUAUAUGGUCAUUAAUCAAUAAAGCCUAGUAGAAAAUCUGUUUUUCCCUUGGUCGAGCAAAAAUUUGGUGGAAAGUCUCUUGGUACAUUGGUCUAAACAGUGCUGAUUCAGAUGCAGUAUGGACCAAAUUUCUAGUCAGUGAUUAAAAAAAUGAAUAGCAUUUUCUCUUUUUCUUGAUAUAAAAUAUGUUCCGUUUCUCAUUCAAGAGAUAAAACUUAAAGAAGAGGGGACAGGAGGGAAAUAGAGAAAGAAAAGAAAAAUACAUUUUUAUACAGCAGGUUUUCUCAGUCAGUGUUGAACAUAGUGGCUGGACGAUUCUUGUUCCGGGUGGAGUUGGUGGGGGCGUUUCUCUGCAGUGUGGGAUGCUAGCAUCUCUGGCCUCCACCACUAGAUGACAGUAGCACCACCCCCCUACCAACACCCCCAGUUCUGUUCAGCAGAAAUGUCUCUUGUCCUGGGGUAGCAGAGUCCCUCCCUAUUUCCUAGUGAAGAGCAAGUGAUAUCGAUGAUGAUUCUUGUAGAUAUGAAACACGAAUACUAUCUGUUAAAUGUGUUUUUUGAAAAUCAUAAUAGUACAUACCGUGAGUUGAGUAAAAGAAGAGAAAAAGCCUUUGAUAAGAUAUACUUAGAAAUCUAUCAUUGGCCUGAAGACCCUAAUCUCAUCUCCCCUCUUUCAUUUAGCUAAACAUCUUCUAACAUACCACGUACCACGUUCUGCAACAAGUUUGUGAAUAUGACCUUUCUUAGUCAUCCAUUUAAAAUCCAGAGUACUUAUAGGAUUCAUUAAAACUAUAUUAAUUUGUAGACAUAAUUUGUUUCCUUCUAAAAUGAUAGAAGAAAAUGUCUUCUUUUAUGUUCAAUUCUAAUUAUUAAUCUAAAACCAUUUUAUAAUUUUAGUCAAUGCAUCAUUAUAUGAUACUUUAAUAUAAAGGAAUACUGAUGGAUUGUCCAAGUUAAAGUAAUGAUGUGAACAAGGGCACAGAAGCAGGACAAUUAGGAGCUCAUUAAACAAAUAGAAACUGCAGAGAUGAAGAAAUUGAGGAAGUCUUCCUCCCUCCAAAUCCUUAAUAUUCUUCCCUCUUUCCUUCCUUUCAUUACUAGAUAUAAUUCCUUUUAAAAAAAAAAAAGAGAGUUCCUAUGAUCAUUUCUUAUCCAUAAUAUCUAUUAAUAAAUCUCAGAAUGUUUUGUUUUUAUUGAAUUAUAUUUGAUGUACUAGAAUGUGUUAGUUUCAGAUGUACAACAUAGGGAGCUGCUACUCUGACACAUGGUGGAAUGACCAUCGCAGUAGAUCUAGUUACCCUCUGUCAGCAUACAGUUAUUACAAUAUUGUUCACUGUAUUCCUUCAUUACAUCCCCAUGACUUACUUAUUUUAUUGUAUAACUAGAACAUUGCACCUCUAAUCUCUGUUACCUGUUUCACCCAUUCCUUAACUUCCUGUUAGAUUGUGAUAUGAAAGCUUCUUGGAAGACCUGCGGAUUUCUAAUUCAGAUGCCACUCCUAUCAGAAAGUCGUAUCUGUUCUACCAUAAUAUUCUGCAUUAAAUUCUCCGUACUUUAUCUCUCUUUAA